UGAAAUAAAAAAGACAGUUGUUACAAACAUAGCCCGAAUACAGGCUGAGGUUUGGACUGGGAUAUAACAGGUAAUUUUACUGUUAUUUUAUCUGGAAACCCCAUUGAUUUUGGAUUGUGGGCAGCAGAUUGUCACUGUCUGCAUUAACAGGGUUUUGUACAGGACAGCAAAACCCUCCUGUCUUAAAUGCAGACAAGAACUUCCAAAGAGAGGCACAUGGUGAAUUUACUUCUGCCUGAUAUGGAUCAGAGCUUCCAGAGACUGAAACUGCAGUAUAUACAACAGGAAACAAACUGCAGGGAGAAAGAAGAGAUGCAGAAUCUGUGUGCUACAGAUGGGAGAAUGGAGCAGUGCUGUGGGGAGCACAGACGGAGACUGGAGUUGUUCUGCCAGGAAGAUGAGGCCUUUGUUUGUGUCCUGUGUGUUCCCAAACAUUCCAAACACAGUUUUGUGUUACUGAAUGAAGCAGUCAGUGUGUAUAAGGACAUGUCAAAAUCAGCCUUAUCAUCCCUGGAACUCAAAAUCUGUGAUUUUAAAAAUUUGCAAAGCCAGAAUGAGAAGGAACUACUAGACAUACAUGAACACUGUUGCAGUUUGGGACAAUACAUUACACAAGAGUUUACAAAACUACACCAGUUUCUCAAUGACAAGGAACAAAAACUAAUCCAACAGCUUAAGAAUGAAGAAGCAAAAAUUCUAAAAGCGAUAGAAGAAAGUCUUGAAUGCAUUAAAAGAAGUGUUAUGUCUACUGAAGAGACUAUGAGUGACACUAAUUUGGAACUCCUAAAACAGGAACCUGAAGUAUUUCUUACAGUAAGCAUCUUUUUCAAAUUUUUUUUUUUUGCAUGAAUUUUGAAAGGUGGACUGCUCAGGCUUCCAUUGACAUGAAGAUGACUUACUAGCAGUCUAAAUUUUGUAAAUGAUUCACUUUUUUAAUUUUAUUUUUUGCUUGUGCAAAUGUUAGUUUUUUUUUUUCUAUAAAUUAAAUUGUCUGAUUUAUAUACAUGAUUUCUGGCAGGUGAUUUAAAUUGUGCAUCAUUUCAGUAUCCCCAGAAGUACGUGUUUUGUUUUCUUCCUUGUUGCAGAAGUAUGCUUGUCAAGGUAUUAUUGCAUAAUAUAGAACACCAGUUAGUCAAGAUACACCUCACCAAAACAUACAAAUCUGAAUUGGGGUUUGGCACAGAAAGAGCUUGUCAAAGGGGUGGGAGGUUGGCAUAAUGGUUAAGGUAUUUGCCUUAUAAGUCAAAGGUACAGGGUUUG